GAAGGCACGCGAGUUGAAGUUAAAUUUUGGGAGUUUGUGCCUCAGAUUGCAACGCGUUGGACUCCGCUGCGCUUCUUUAAUGUGUCAGGGUAUACGUGUUACCUGUGCCCUGUUAACGUGCUGAAUACAGCGUUUCCAUUAAGCCAGCCUGUAAGAAAUGUGUUUUCUAUAUUUUAAAGUUUUUUUUGUUUGUUUGUUUUUUAAUUAAAGGUCUUGACACACGUUUGAUCCCAGACCUCCUCCUCCGGCUGUGAGCGAAACCUCUCGCCGGGUAAAGCAGCAUUUCAAUCGGCUUGAGCAGUUCUGAGCGACCGGUGAAUUCAAUCAUCAACACCAGCGACCGGAUAAAACAAACAGACAACGUUUUUAUUUAUUUAUUUUUUAAGUUUUCUCGGUAAUUCUAAUUAUGGGUCUCUUUUUUGCCAAGUUAAUGACCGUGUUUGGGAACCGAGAACACAAGGUGAUCAUCGUUGGGCUGGACAACGCGGGCAAAACCACCAUCCUGUAUCAGUUCCUGACGAAGGAGGUGGUGCACACCUCCCCCACCAUCGGCAGCAAUGUGGAAGAGAUCGUGGUGAGGAACACGCACUUCCUGGUGUGGGACAUCGGGGGGCAGGAGAGCCUGCGCUGCACCUGGAACUCCUACUACUGCAACACUGAGAUCGUGGUGCUGGUGGUGGACAGCACUGACCGGGAGCGUCUGUCCGUGUCGCGUGAGGAGCUGCAUCACAUGCUGGCGCAGGAGGAGCUGCGCGGGGCGGCGGUCCUCGUCUUUGCCAACAAGCAGGAUGCCAAGAACUCAAUGAGCGCCAGAGAGAUCUCCAGCUUCCUCACGCUUGGCGCCAUCCGAGAUCAUCCCUGGCACAUACAGGGCUGCUGUGCCCUCACCGGGGAGGGAUUGCCAGCUGGUCUGGACUGGAUGCGUUCUCGAGUCACCGCUAACUAGAGACAAGUAACAAGGAUCUACUUUCUUGAGCUGAUGGUGUGCUGGCGGAUCACGGACAAUUUAUAAGCGCCAGGCCGCCCCGGGAUACGCACAACCGGAACUACUUUCGUACACUGCGGAGGGGCCGGGACGCGACUGCAAGGCUUUGUGAUCGCGGGGCUGGUCUUGGGACCUGGACUGGGGGAGGGAUGCGGGUUCGAGUGGGGGAGGGGGUCCUGUCUGUCUCUGCAGACAGAAUGCAGGAGCACCGAAGCUGAAGUGAUGGGAUUGCUUGCAGGGUGCUCCCGGGUAUUUCAGGCAGCUCAGCGGAUAUCACAGUUCGGAAUGCGCUCUUCAGUAUUAAAUACCUUUUUUAAUUUGUGUUGUUGUUUUUUUCUUUUUUGACGAUCAAAGAAACUUUUACUUGAAGCCGGAAGUGUCUUGAGGGUCGGGCUAGGUGUGAUUAAUGUAGUUAAUAAUAAAAUGAAUAUCUGUGUUUCUGA